AUGCCGCAAGUAGGCCGCGACAUGGCAGGCGGCCAUCUCAACCGCACUCCCUCCUCGACACCGAUGUCUUCAGCGGCCCCUUCGGAGCCAUUGCUUCAACCAUACUCAUGUCUUCAGUGCAAGCACCGUAAGGUCAAAUGCGACCGCGUUGAUCCCUGCGUCCAUUGCCGCAAGGCGGGCGCUGAAUGUAUCUAUCGUGUGCCACCUCCUGCCAAACGUAGAAAACGGGGGUAUCAGGAAACAUCAACCGAGACAGGAUCCGCUGCAGACAAUGAGGCUCAUGAGGCCGUUGUACCGCAAGGAGAGUACCCCGUUGAGCGAGACAAGUUGCUGGAGAAGGUGAGACGUUAUGAGACUUUGUUGAAAGCAUUGGGAGCUCUAAGGAGGCCUACGAUCGGCAUUGCAAAGGAGGAUGAACCUAAUUCCAGCCCCGGAUCGACUAUGGACGCCGAUGGGAAGCUUGUCACAAAGUAUGGAAAGUCGAGAUAUCUAGAGAACAAUCUCUGGACAAGUGUGAGGGACGAAUUCCAGGAUCCCAAUGAUAUUUUGGAGGACUCGUCGGACAACGAGAUCGACAUCGAUGCUGAUUUGGAGAUCCGGACCACGGCGACCCGACAAACAACAAAGUCCUUUGCGCAGGAUCCGAUUGACCUGGUGCUCCCACCCAGGGUCGAAGAUGGUGCGGUCGACCUACGGUCGUUACACCCACAACCGGUCCAAGUCUUCAUGCUUUGGCAAGCCUUUGUCGACAACGUCAACCCGAUGAAAGCCAUUGUGGAAGCAACGGCGGACUUGCGUCAUAUGUCGAAGGCGAUGGAAGCGUUAUUGUUCGGCGUCUAUCUGAUCGCCGCAUUAUCCAUGGAGGACGCCGAAUGCCAGAGCGCACUACAACAAAGCAAAGCAACCGCAAUCGACAGAUUCAGAAGUGGGGCACAAGAAGCAUUGAGAGCAGCAGGCAUAUUAAAGACAAGUGAUAUGAUGGUGCUGCAAGCCUUUGUGCUCUUCUUGUUGGCAGCUCGUUGCGAUGCUCAUUCCCUCUGGGCUUUGACGGGUGUGUCGAUUCGAAUCGGCCAGCGGAUUGGUCUUCAUAGAGAUGGCGAGACCCUCAAACUGCCACCAUUCGAAACGGAAAUGCGCCGUCGCCUGUGGAUGAUUAUGGUUCAAGUUGACUGUCGCGCUGCCGAAUUGUGUGGAUCCGGUCUUUCCAUCAAAACCUUACUUGGACAUACAAAGCCACCAUUGAACGUCAACGACUGCGAUCUCUACCCCGAUAUGCGCGAGCUACCCACAGAGCAGCCCAAAGCUACGGAGAUGAUGUUCAUGCUCAUCCGUUCUACGAUAGGCACCUUCUUGAUCAAAGAAUUACCCGAACACGAAAUCUUCGAUGGUGUUUGGUCCACACUCAGCAAUCCCAAUGUCAGCAUGGCGGCCAAGGACGACGUGAUUAACGACCUUGAACAAACCCUCGAAGACAAAGUCAUCCGCCACUGCGACAUUCAAGUUCCUCUCCAUCGCAUAUCGUGUCUGAUUGCUCGGUCCGCCAUCUGCAAACUGCGGCUCUUCGCUCAUCUGCCUCGCGAUGCAGGAGAUUCGGAAGCUGCGGCCGCCGCGGACGCUUCGUCCUCAGAGGAAGAAAACCUUCUUUACAGCAACAGCCUUCGCAUGCUUCAAUACGAUACUGAGAUCCGCACUACCAAGUAUCUUCGUCGCUUCCUCUGGCAUGUGGAUAUGCAUUUCCAAUGGCAUCCCUUCAUUUAUCUUCUCACCUACUUACGCACUCACGCGAUCUCCAAUCCACGAACAGACACUGCUUGGGCGACUAUUGACGAAGUUUUUGCCACUCACCCGGAGAUCAUAUUCGGAGGUCGCGCACGAAGCAAAUUGUGCAACGCUGUCUGCAGCCUCACCUUCAAGGCGUGGGAAUCACGUGAGAUGGAGCAACGUAAGUCCAGGCAUGCCAAUACGUUGUCGAAGACACCAUCGUGCGUGAUGCAGCUCCGAGGACAACCGGUCACGUUGCCACGGAGCACCCUGAACCAAGCCGAGGCAGUAGCACCAUCGAACAGUAUGGACAGUAUGAGGGUAGCCGGACAACAUCAGUUGAAGCCAACUUUUGGCACAAGUGGCUUAGACAGCAACGACCUGGGCGGCUUUGAUCCGAUCUUUACAUCUAUCAAUGGCGACGCUGGUCUACCACUUGGCGAAGCCGAUGCUAUGGGUAUGGAUGCCACUCCUAUCAAUUGGAGACAAUGGGACAGCAUGUGUCAGGAGUUCGAGAUGGGACAGUGGGAUGAUGGUCCCGGUACACUUGAUUUCUCCUGAUCUCGGUAGCUUUCAUUUCUGCUAUAGCAAUUCUGUACUGGAGCGCGGAAUGUUGCCUUCAACCGCAUCGAGGACUCGAUCGCCGCAAUCGCCUUGGCUGCCUCUUCCAUACCAAGUACUUCUGCCUUCAUCACAUCAAGUUCUCGACCAACUUGACCUCAGCAUUAUUGGUCACGGGUGACCGGUGUAGCAUCACGUACGGACAGUCUAUGACCUCAGUGUGAAAUAUUAAUAGGUUGUGAGCCACGUAGACCUCGUAUUGACCCGUUUCUGCGCGUUUUCGUGGUAAGGCUGAGGGGGCGACAAUGUGUACUCGAUUUCC